CAGAGAGUUGGAAGAAGCGACGGAUGGGUUCAAGGAAGAAUUGGGUAGAGGCGCUUUUGGCACUGUUUAUAAAGGAACCAUGUAAUUAGAUUCCAUGGCUACUUCCCUUGCAGUUGGGAAGCUCGAGAGAGUUAUAGAAGAGGGUGACAAGGAAUUGAAGACAGAAGUGGGAGCGAUCAGCCGGACCCAUAAUAAGAAUCUAGUCCAAUUGCUUGGAUUCUAUGACGAGGGGGCCCACCGUCUUCUGGUGUAUGAGUUCAUGAGCAAUGGAUCCUUGGCAAGCUUGCUCUUUGGGACCUCAAAACCCAACUGGAAUCAAUGGUUGAGAAUUGUGUUCGGGAUUGCUAGAGGGCUCAGGUACUUACACGAAGAGUGCAGCUCCCAGAUUAUACAUUGCGAUAUAAAGCCUCAAAACAUACUUCUAGAUGAUAAUCUAAUGGCCAAGAUUUCUGAUUUUGGAUUGGCAAAGCUAUUGAGGACAGACAAGACCCGAACAAGCACAGGCUUCCGAGGCACCAGAGGUUAUGUUGCACCGGAAUGGUACAAAAACAUGCCGAUCACGCACAAGGUCGAGGUGUAUAGCUUCGGUGUAAUGCUGUUGGAGAUUGUUUGUUGCAGGAAGAAUGUCGAAUUGGUGGUGGGGAAUGAGGAGAAGGCGGUCUUGACAGACUGGGCCUAUGGAUGCUAUCGUAGGGGGAGAUUGGACAUGUUAUUGAUGGACGACCGAGAUGCAAUGGCGGAGAUGAAGAGGGUGGAGAGGCUGGUGAAGUUAGGGAUUUGGUGCAUACAAGAAGAGCCAUCGCUGAGGCCUUGUAUGAAGAAGGUGACACAGAUACUUGAAGGUGCAGUUGAAGUUUUUCAGUGCCCUGUCACCCUUCUUCUUUCAUUAGUUCGCUUGGUUGAGUUGAAACCCUUUCACUUCCCUCCAGUGCAUACACAGGAUGUUCGGUUGGAUUUCAAAUAA